CAAACAACCAGGCCGGGUUUGAUUAAGUUAGGUUUUAGAAACUGACAGCCAUGUCCCCAUAUUAGCUGCGCGCCUUUAAGUGCGCGCUUACGCUAUUAUGCACGCACGAGCUUAUGUUUACACAAAGCGCUGAGUGGAAGCGGCGCGAGGCGCGGCUAACGUAAUCUUAGCUGCCGUCCUCUACUGACACAACACAGCCUGUAAACAGCUCGUCACGACUCUGGGAGGCUGUAAUGUAGUUGAUUUGACAGGACAACGCUUGGGGAGAUUUCGACAUUUCUGCUGAGCUGGUAUCUAGGUAACUGGUAGUUAGAUUCGCUAGCUAGGUUAGCUAAAGCUAGCAGCCUUAGCUUUGACAGACGUCCACUGACAGGAUGGACGCAGAAACGACGCGCUGGUUCUGCCUGUGAAGAGGACCCGCGUUUUUGGUGCGAAGACGUGAAAGAGGUCCACAUUAACCAUGAUGAAGAAAAAGAAAUUCAAGUUCAGGGUUGAUUUUGAACUAGACGAACUCUCCUCGGUUCCGUUUGUCAACGGCGUUCUGUUCUGCAAGGUGCGCCUGCUUGAUGGCGGGUUUUCGGAGGAGUCGUCUCGAGAAACUGUCCAGGCUAACUGCGUGCGCUGGAGAAGGAGGUUCUCAUUCCCAUGUAAGAUGAGUGCCAGUGCAGGAACAGGAGUUCUUGACCCUUGUGUUUGUCGUGUUUCUGUCAGAAAGGAACUGAAAGGUGGAAAGACUUACGCAAAGCUGGGCUUUGCUGAUCUGAACCUUGCGGAGUUCGCCGGGUCAGGUAGCACCACCCGUCGCUGUCUGCUAGAGGGCUAUGACACCAAGAACACCAGGCAGGACAACUCCAUCCUGAAGGUAAUCAUCAGUACUCAGCUUAUGUCUGGAGAUCCCUGCUUCAAAACGCCUCCGUCCACUGCCACGGUCAUCGGUAUCCAGGGUGACACGGAGGUUCUGUUGGAGGAGCGUAGAGGAGGAGACACACAGAAACCCUACCUGGGCCUCGCGGAAACCGCAGGCAAAUGUGCCUCUUUGGCAGAGGAGCUGGGUGCGUGCAGUCACUCCCGCACCUCCAGCUACGCUAGCCAGCAGUCCAAAGUGUCAGGCUACAGCACGGGUCACUCACGGUCAUCCAGCCUGUCCGAGUUCACCCACCGGCGAAACACAUCAGUGGGCAGCACCUCCACAGGCAUCGCCAGUAUCCCAGAGCCCAGCGAGGAGAACCCCAACGCCACAGCGGCCCCUGCUGGCCCUGCCGGGGUCUGCGCUGCCCUGCCUGAGCACCCCGCCACGCCUGAGCGAGGCUCCAGCAGGCACCCGGUGAAACAGGACUCCAUGGAGUCUCAGCUGAAGCGGGUGGAUGCCACGCGGGUGGAUGCUGACGACGUGGUGGAGAAGAUCCUGCAGAGCCAGGACUUCACCCAUAGCCUACUCGACUCCAGCACUGAAGAAGAGGGUCUGCGCCUGUUUGUCGGCCCUGGAGGUAGCACGGCCCUGGGCAGCCAUCAUCUCCCGGCCAGGGUUGGUGCAGGCGCCUACGAACAGGUGGUCAUCAAGCGCUAGAGUGGCACGGUGCCUGCCGGAGACGUGGCACCAGCCGCAGUGCUGAGGGAACGACACACGUGCUCCCCAACCUCUGUGUGCGUCACCCUGCCAGCCUCGCCACUACUGGAGCCUGAACUGAACAGUGCCCUCUGCUGGCAUCGCAGAGAUAUGGCCUGCUCUGGGGCGAGGGGUUAUUUAUAUGGCUGUGAGAAUCAAUGAGGUUAUGUUUCGAAUUUCAGUUCUCUUUGCUUUCUUUUUUUGAGUCAGCCAUGUAACAUUAAAAUGAAGGGGGAAACCUGGAUAUGCAUAAUGGGACCGAAAACAAUUUGUAUUGUGUUUGAGUUUUUUUCAUGUUCAUUUUGAAGUAAUUCAUCUGUUGAGUAGGGGUUCAUACCAUUGUGAAAGAUGUAUCUGUCUCAUAUUCACAUCUCGUGUGUGUGUGUGUGCGCGUGUGCGUGUGUGUGUGCGUGUGUGCAAGCAAGCAAUCUUUUAAAUAAAAGAUGUGGGAAAUAAUAUUCAGCAUGUAGCGCUUAAACCUAAAACAGUUAUAGGGAACUGUAAGAGUUGUAGAAAUUUUAGGAUUGGCUCAGAGUCUCUAGAAGCAUUCAUAUCCUCUGAUAUGACAUUAGUUCUCCGACCAGAUUAAAGAAAAUAUGUUGUAAGCUGCAGCUGCUGCUUUUCGUUUGGUUUUAAACUUUCUCAGUAGAGCUUUUAUAUGGGGCCAAAUUCAAGCUGCUACGUAACUGCCGAUGACUUAGCCGUGUACGGACGGACUCUCACCACCUAGUUGUUGUCUAGGACGUACUGUGGCUGAAAUGCUCUUUUUACUGACCACAGAUGGAAGGUUCAUAGGAAAGCACACCUAUGAUCCCUCGUUGGUUUUAAUAGUGGUGUGUAGUUAUGAACCCUCGUUCUUUUCAUAGUAGUUUGUAGUGAUGAACCCCUCAUUCGUUAUAGUUUUGGUUUACAGUUGUUGUAAAAACUGUCUGCAGCUCCAUUUAGUCUGAGGUACUACCGAGAUGGAGUCCUGGACCUGAUGUACACUUCCUUUCCUCUACCCCUAGCCCUAACCCCCAACCCUAGCUGAGUCUGCUUCCUUUCUUCUCUGUACCCAACAUUUCCAGUGGUCCUACACUGUGCUUCUACUGCAGUAACAUGCUGACUUUAGACGUAACAAACACUACGAAAUGUCUACCAAUGCUUUUGUGCACACUAUUUGAUGUUUAUCUUAAUAUAUCACUGAAGCUAUUUUUGAUGACUUUGAUGAAAUUAUAGUAAAAGUCUGUUUCUAGUCUGCUGGUAUGAUGUUGAACCACGUUCUCUGGUUUUAUUUAUGUGCCAGUAACUUUACAAAAGCCAUGUUUUAGAGGUCUCACUUGCCUCUUUGUGUUGUGCAUUUUUUUAACUGAGUGUGGGUGUGUGGGUGUGCAUAUGCACUGUAUAAUCUUUGGUAGCUUUGUUUAAGAGUUAAACUCUGGCUAGAAAGAUGUAUUAUGUAGAGCUUGAUGUAAAGUCUAAAAACAUGGGUCUUGGAUGUCAUCAAAUCCAUCUACACUGUCUGUUAACUGUAAGGUGCCAUCUCAUCAGAAGCUUGUUUUUCCAGACUUGAUUUUUAUCCAGGGCCCUACACUAUCACGAGACAUCACAGGGACAUCCCUAAAUUUAGUUAUGCAUCUCAGGUUUAUUUCAUCCAUUAUUAUUGUUAAUGUGGCUGCACAAACUUAAAAUAUUCACACAGAAACUGAAUAUCAAAAUAUUAACAAUUUAUCAAGUCAAUACUUUUCCUGAGAAAACUCAAACUCUGACCUUUUCUAUACUUUAACCUACACCGGAAGUAGAUGCUCUCCUGUCUUGUGUAUUCUGCAACUCCAAGAACUUUAGCAAACCUAAGAAGCACCAGGUCUUCUUAGGACAGCGUUUCAUCCACAGUUCUGCAGUUACACAGGAGAACGUCCGGCCAUACUCCACAAUUCAUAGUAAUCCUGAGUGUUUAGAUUCUGGUACUUUUCAUGUUGUAGCAAACAGCAUGAUGGUUUUCUCUCUUCUGUGAAGCUUUUGGUCCCUGUACUGUAUGAUAUCUGAUGUAAGUGACGUUGCUUUUGACUGUCCUGCAAUGUUUUGACGUUCUACCACUUGACUAAUUGUGGUCUCCAUGCUAUAAUUUAUUAUAAUGCUGAUGACUUGUAUUCCAUGCAACAUUAAAUAGACCCAGUACAUCUCAAAACCA